GUCGUUGUCAACAAGAUGCGACGUGCCGGGUUCGCGAUGCAAAUGCGUUAUUGGCAAUAUAUGAAUGGUGUUUAAUUACUGGUAAUCAGAAAGUAAUAUCGCUUACGAAUUGAAAAGGAAACAGGAUUUGAAUUUCAGUUCCUCUGUUUUGGUUUUCCGGGUUCAACGCUAUUCUGCGGCGUUUUUAGCCAGCAAAUGCGCCGUGGGCAUUCUGAUUGAUGCCGCUGGCCGAAGCAUAGCACUACGUCAUAAACAUUGUCCAGUCUUUCCUUCUGCUCAUCCAAUUUUGAGGCGACUAUGAGUUACGGCUAUGGCGGUGGCGGUGGGGGAAGAAGAGGCCGAGGUAGAGGGGGUCGGGGAUACGGGGACGGUAGCCGAGACAGAUGGGACAGAGGAGGUGGAAGGGGGUCCAGGGGCUCUGACCUGGGCUCUCAGGAUGACCAGGAGCGGGGCGGAGGACAAAAAGACCGACCCCCUCCGCAUCUGAAGGGUCGGGACAUUGGCAUGUGGUACGCGAGGUUUGGAGCCGUUAGAAGAAAACAAGCUGAUCGAAGAUCGCGGCCAUUAGUGCAAAUGGACGAAGCCAGGGAGCAGCAGAUCACCAAUCUUCUGAAUUCAGUCAAAAGCGAACCCCCUGGUGCUAGCAGAGACGGAUGUGAUCUCCGAGCCACCACGUCCAACAGUUGGCGUGCUACUCCCAGUGGUGGUGCUAAUAGUCAUUGUUACUUUGAUGGGGAAGAAGAAGAAGAGGAAUUGAAUGUUGACGUGAAAUCAGAGGAACUAGUGGAGGACAUCGGCGGCAGUGGGAAAUCGAAAGCUCGUCAAUCAAACCGUCCCAUCUCCCAGAGGGUGGUCAAGGAUGAACCGCCAGACGCAUGGGAUGGAGAUGAGGAGGAGGAAGAGGUGAAGAAAGUGAAAGUGGUAGUGAAACCCCAAGUGAAACCCCAAGUGAAAGUCCAAGGGAAGGAGAAGGAUCUAGAGUACCUGUUUCAGGAAGUACAGAGGGACGAAUCCCUGGAUGAGUUCCUAAUGAAAGAUCUGCAGAGCAAGAGAAUGGAGCCUAAGUAUCAGGAAAUGCUGAUAUUCAGGGAAAGACUGCCAUCCUACAGUAAGAGACAUGAGCUGGUGGACCUGAUCAGCUCCAGCCGCGUAGUGGUGGUGAGCGGGGAGACCGGCUGUGGAAAGACCACCCAGGUCACCCAGUUCAUCCUGGACGACUACAUCACCCGCGGAGUGGGCUCGCUCUGCAGGGUGGUGUGCACCCAGCCGCGACGAAUCAGUGCCAUCUCCGUAGCGGAACGUGUUUCUGCCGAGCGGGCUGAGACAGUGGGGAACGGAAACUCGUGUGGAUACCAGAUCCGUCUGCAGAGCCGGUUACCACGGAAACAGGGUUCAGUGCUAUAUUGUACAACGGGCAUUAUUCUUCAAUGGCUCCGCUCAGAUCAGACGCUGUCCACCAUCAGCCAUCUUGUUCUGGACGAGAUCCACGAGAGGAACCUGCAGUCUGACGUCCUGCUGGUGAUCGUCAGGGACCUCCUCGCCGUUCGCCCGGACCUGAAGGUCAUCCUCAUGAGCGCCACGCUCAAUGCAGAGAAGUUCUCCAAAUACUUUGGAAACUGUCCGAUGAUCCACAUCCCGGGGCUGGCGUUCCCGGUUGAGGAGUUCCUCCUGGAGGAUGUGGUGGAGAUGAUCGGGUACCGCCCUAAGACCCAGAACCAGCGGCCCUCCUGGAAGAAGGGCUUCAUGCAGGGCCGCAACUCCCGGCCUGAGAAGGAGGAAAAGGAGGCGGAGUACAAGGAGAGCUGGCCAUGCUACGCCCGCACCCUGCAGGACAGGUACUCUGAGAGCACCAUAGAGGUAUUGGAGAUGUUGGACAACGACGAGAAGAUAGACCUGGAGCUGAUCCUAGCCCUCAUCCGCCACAUUGUUCUCCAGGAGGAGGAAGGAGCCAUCUUGGUCUUCCUGCCGGGCUGGGACAACAUCAGCGGCCUCAACGACCUGCUCAUGGCCCAGCAGAUGUUCAAAUCCGAUCGGUUUGUGAUAAUCCCCCUCCACUCCCUGAUGCCCACUGUUAACCAGACUCAGGUGUUUAAGAGGCCUCCUCCUGGGGUGAGGAAGAUUGUGAUUGCGACCAACAUAGCUGAGACCAGCAUCACUAUAGACGACGUGGUGUACGUGAUCGAUGGAGGGAAGAUUAAAGAGACGCACUUCGACACCCAGAACAACAUCAGCACCAUGGCGGCUGAGUGGGUCAGCCUGGCCAACGCCAAGCAGAGGAAAGGACGCGCUGGGAGGGUGCGGCCGGGAAAGUGCUACCACCUGUACAACAAACUGAGGGCCAGCCUACUGGAUGCCUACCAACUACCUGAGAUCAUGAGGACCCCACUGGAGGAGCUGUGCCUGCAAAUCAAGAUCUUGGACCUGGGGGCCAUCGCUGACUUCCUGAGUAGAGCCCUGGACCCGCCCACCGAAGAGGCCGUCAGCCUGGCCAUCAAGCACCUGGUGGACCUGAAUGCUCUGGACCAAUCAGAGACCCUGACCUCGCUGGGCGUGCACCUGGCCCGCCUGCCUGUGGAACCUCACAUCGGGAAGCUGAUCCUGUUUGGCGCUCUGCUGGGCUGCCUGGACCCCGUCCUCACCAUCGCUGCCUCGCUCAGCUUCAAAGACCCCUUCUUCAUACCCAUGGGCAAAGAGAAGAUGGCCGACAUGAAACGGAGGACCCUGUCCCGGAACUCCAAGAGUGACCACCUCACCAUCGUGAACGCCGUCCAGGGCUGGGAGGAAGCCAAGCGGCGUGGCCAAAGGUACGAGCGGGAGUUUUGCUGGGAAAACUUCUUGUCCGCCAACACACUACAGAUGCUGCACAACAUGAAGGGCCAGUUCGCCGAGCACCUGAUGAAGGUGGGCUUCGUCAGCAGCAAGGACCCCAAAGACCCCAAGGCCAACGUCAACUCUGAAAACGAGAAGCUGAUGAAGGCGGUGAUCGUGGCCGGACUCUACCCCAAGGUGGCGAUGAUCAAGCCCUCGCACAGCAAGAAGUGGAAAGGGUCCAAGGUCUACACCCAGGCUGACGGCAAGGUGGUCAUCCACCCCAAGUCGGUGAACGCAGAGGAGAACCAGUUCAACUACACCUGGCUCGUGUACCACCUCAAGAUGAGGACCACCAGUAUCUUCCUGUACGACUGUACGGAGGUGUCCCCGUUCUCGCUGCUCUUCUUCGGCGGCAACGUCUCCAUCCAGAAGGACGAGGGCCAGGAGACCAUCGCCGUGGACCAGUGGAUCGUGUUCCGGUCCCCGGAGCGCAUCGCCCACCUGGUCAAGAGUCUUAAGAGGGAGCUGGACGUCCUGCUGGAGGAGAAGAUCCGCAACCCGGCCCCGGUGGACUGGAACAACCGGGAGUCCAAGGACUGCGCCGUCAUCACGGCCAUCAUAGACCUCAUCACCACCCAGGAGAAGGGGGCUACGGGGGGCUACCAGGGAGAGGGGUCCGGCUACCAGGCUGACGGCUACCAGGCGGAGCGCUCGGGCUACCAGGCGGAGCGCUCGGGCUACCAUGGGGGCGGGGCCGGCUACCAAGGGGGCGGGGCCGGCUACCAAGGGGGCGGGGCCGGCUACCAAGGGGGCGGGGCCGGCUACCAAGCGGAACGAUCGGGCUACAAGGCCGACGGCUACAACCGCCGGUUGGGCAAUGCACCCAGAGGACCACGUCUCGUCUUCAAAGACGACGAUGACGACGACGAUGACGAUUAGGGGCGUGUGAAGACAGGCCCCCGGUGUCGCCCUCCCUCCUCCUGCGUUACUCUGGCUGGAGAGGCCGGGGAUGGAUGUGGGACAGGCGCCCGACGUCACGGUGUCCCCUUCCCUCCUUCUCCUCCGUUCCUCUGUCUGGAGGCUCCAGGGAUGGAUGUGAAGCGACGGGGAAAGGUCCCGCCGUCCGAGGUGCACGAUUAACAAAUCCUGUUAGGGUUUAUUUAUACCAAGACUAUAUUUCAUGUUUAGUGCUCGUUUUCUCCUGGCACGGGAGGAACCGUGGGCCGCUGACUGAGGUCCAAUCGGGGCGUAUAUAGAGGUGAGAAGAACAGCUCCGCUGUUCAAUGAACAAUCCACACUUAUUGUAACCUUCGAGGACCAUUUUGUUGUAAUAAAACUAUAGCCUGCUGCAUUAUUUAGGUAGGGCCUCCAACUUUUAUUUGUAGUCCCCCCCCCCCCCCCCCCCCUCCCAACAGUGUUGAAUUUAAUGUGUUUGGCAAUAAAGGAGAGCUCAGAGUACCUUGACUUCACGUGAGCUCAUUAGAACCAGACGAGGACGGGGAGGACACGGGCAGAAGGUAGCAGACAGCCUGAGGGAUGAACGGCUCGGAGACGGGGACGUCCCGACCACCUGUUCAUCGUUCCCAGCGGAGAACACUUGGUAAACGGUUGAUACAGAGGACUUGUUCUCUGGGAUGAACAGAUCAGCGAGACAAAGACACGCGCAGGCUGUAUGCGAUUUCACUUUUAAUCACCAAGGAGGGUAGAGAUUAAAAACCUGAACUUUGAAGCAUUUCAUAAUCACAGGCCUCUACAAUAUACAUCUGUAUUCAUAUAGAUCGUCAUGCAUGUUAAUGCGUCUUUUUUCGUUUUGGUAUACAUAUCGACAGUGAUUUACAAGGGAACAGGGAGAGGAGCCGACACCUGUGGAGGAGAUGAGGUUAUACCUUACAGGAGAGAAUAUUGCAGAUGCGAGUGUCUGUAGUGUGGUUUCCCUGAGUUAGCUUACAAAGAGGGUUUAAUAUUAAAAUAUGGGCGGAUGUCUGUCCUACCCCAUGCAGGGCAUUGCACCUAAUGUCUGUUUGAUAUUCUUUAGUGGCGUGAUCUUCAGGGGGACAAUUCCCUGUGUAAACUAUCUAGAAGAUGGCUUGCCGUGAAUGAUCAGAUUUGAACACAUGCUGGAUAGGAGAAAGACACGACAGUUUUACAUAGUUUUAUCUUACUUGUAACACAUUAUAUACAUAUUUACUCUUUCAGCAUUGCGAGUCAAAGUAUAAACAGGCCGGGUCAAAAUAAAGGUUAUAUACAACGGAUACACCUGUAGUUAGCGUUUAAAACAGAACGGUGACAUCACAGUACGGGGAAGACAGAUUCCAAAACG